CUUCCUCUCUGUCUCAACAAGUUUCUUCAAUAAGACAACAAUUACUCUUCUCUUGGGUUUUUCUCUAAGACCAUCCUACAAGUGUAUUUGUCAACGAGAAAGUCAGCAAAAGAAAGUUUUGAGAAUAAAAAGAGAGCAAUGGCAGGAGAUCAACUACACGUGCUAAACGCACUCGACGUCGCCAAAACGCAAUGGUACCAUUUCACCGCGAUUAUCAUCGCCGGAAUGGGAUUCUUCACCGACGCAUACGACCUUUUCUGCAUCUCCCUCGUCACUAAGCUUCUUGGCCGCAUUUACUACCACGUGGACGGCGCAGAGAAGCCAGGAAACCUACCUCCAAACGUCUCAGCCGCGGUUAACGGCGUUGCGUUUGUUGGUACACUCACGGGCCAGCUCUUCUUCGGCUGGCUCGGUGACAAACUCGGGAGGAAAAAAGUUUACGGCAUGACUCUCGCGGUCAUGGUCGUAUGCUCUGUCGCUUCAGGUCUCUCCUUUGGGAGCACACCGAAAGGAGUGAUGAGCUCUCUCUGUUUCUUCCGGUUCUGGUUAGGUUUUGGCAUCGGCGGGGACUAUCCGUUGUCCGCGACCAUUAUGUCUGAAUACGCUAAUAAAAAGACACGUGGCGCGUUUAUAGCCGCGGUUUUCGCCAUGCAAGGGUUCGGAAUCUUGACCGGGGGGAUCUUUGCGAUCAUCGUGUCUGCGGUUUUCGACGCUGAGUUUCCUGCUCCGGCUUAUAAAGUGGAUGCCUUGGCGUCCACGGUACCUCAGGCUGAUUACGUGUGGCGGAUUAUACUCAUGGUCGGUGCUGUGCCUGCUGGGAUGACGUACUACUCAAGGUCCAAGAUGCCGGAGACCGCGCGGUAUACUGCACUCGUGGCCAAGGACGCGGAGCUAGCGGCUUCGAACAUGUCUAAGGUUUUGCAAGUGGAGAUAGAAGCAGAGCAUGAUAGAGUGGAAGAGAUUGCUAGAGAUAGGUCCAAAGCGUUUGGCUUGUUCUCCAAGGAAUUCAUGAGACGUCAUGGUCUUCACUUGCUUGGAACCUCAAGCACAUGGUUCUUGCUCGACAUCGCCUUCUAUAGUCAGAAUCUUUUCCAGAAAGAUAUCUUCAGCGCCAUUGGAUGGAUCCCUCCAGCUCAGACAAUGAACGCAAUCCGAGAGGUUUUCAUGAUCGCGCGUGCACAAACCCUAAUCGCCUUGUGCAGCACGGUACCUGGUUACUGGUUCACAGUUGCAUUUAUCGACAUCAUGGGUAGAUUUGCGAUACAAAUGAUGGGGUUCUUCUUCAUGACUGUCUUUAUGUUCGCUCUGGCGAUUCCUUACGACCAUUGGACUCACAAGGAGAACAGAAUCGGGUUCGUGGUUAUGUACUCCUUAACGUUCUUCUUCGCAAACUUUGGACCUAAUGCCACUACUUUCGUGGUGCCUGCUGAGAUCUUCCCGGCUAGGUUUAGAUCAACUUGCCAUGGAAUCUCCGCGGCUUCUGGAAAGUUGGGAGCCAUGGUCGGUGCGUUUGGAUUCUUGUACUUGGCACAAAGUCCUGACAAGAACAAGACAGAACAUGGAUAUCCUCCAGGGAUUGGUGUAAAGAACUCGCUCAUUGUUUUGGGUGUGGUUAAUCUUUUGGGGAUGGUGUUUACAUUGUUGGUUCCUGAAUCUAAAGGCAGGUCUUUGGAGGAAAUGUGUGGUGAGAACGAGGACAAUGAUGAAGGCAGCAGUUUCAGAAACAACCACUAAAACCGCACGGUAUCAACUGGCAUAGAGGUUCUUAAAGAUUUGUAUUACUUAUUUUACUUGUAUUUUUGUUCACUAUAUAUCUUCAAAUUUCUUGACACUAGCAGCUCAAGUUAUUCUUUAUAUCCACUUUUUAUUGAUUGAUUUAAAAUGGUAUAGGAUCUGAUUCUUUUACA